AUGAAGCAGCUCAUCUCCCACCUUCUGGCUGACAUGUGUCAGUAUUCGACUACUUGUCCUUCUUUUGCAACCUGUGAAAACAUCACCACGGGCUACCACUGCACCUGCAAACCUGGGUUUAUAUCUAGUUCUUUGGAGGAACACUUCACUGAUCCAACAGUGAAGUGCGUUGUUGACAGGUGUCAGAAUUCGUCUACUUGUCCUGUUUUUGCAACCUGUGAAAACGUUCUUUGGGGCUACCACUGCACCUGCAAACGUGGGUUUGCAUCUACUUCUGGGGAGCAAAACUUCGCUGAUCCAAAAGUCAAAUGUGUCGAAAAUCUCCUCAGCUGCCAGCCCAGGAUUCUGCACGGAGAUGAUUUCAAAAGCCUGUGCGGCAACAGCACCCAGCACGGAAACCAGCAAAGCAACCCAUUGUGCACCUUCUUGAAUCAGACCUCAAAGAGCCUGGAAUCUGCAUGUGGCAAUGGAAACCAGUCAGUACCGCUGAAGGAAGUCUCCACCUCUAUCGAUUUGCUUUUCAAUGCCACUGCCCAGCAGACUAAUGGGAGCAAGAAGGACGUUGCAUUGGUAGCCAAAAUGUUUCUGCAGAGCGUAGAAUCAGCCGCUUUGGUAGCUGCUCUGAAAAGCCCCGGGAACGAGACGCAGACUAUCACGGGAGACACGAUGACCAUCGCAGCCCUGCGGGUUACGGAUAACUGCAGUCGGGCAGGGAAGAUGAUCGAACUGAACGCUGAAAACGAGUUGAUGAGCAUUGACUGCACAACAGUGGUUGGCGCCAGCGAAGCAGGCUCCGGAGUCGUUGCCUUCAUAUCAUAUGCCACUCUCGAGUCCAUCCUGAACAAUAACUUUAUCGACCAGCAAAACCUGACAGGGGAUGACAACCUGGUUAGCAUUACGGUGAAUUCCAAGGUAGUGAGUGGGACCAUUGGGAAACCCGGACCCCUCUCCAAACCUUUCAACUUCACCCUGGAGCAUAAACAGAGAAAGGAAAUGGAAGACAAGAUUAUCUGUGUUUUCUGGAACCUCACUGGCACCUGGUCUACCGAGGGCUGCACUCUUCUCCAUGCGAACAGCACUCACACCACCUGCACCUGUAAUCACCUGUCCAGCUUUGCCAUCCUGAUGGCUUCACAUGCUAUCAAGGAGAGUUCCCCACUGACCAUCAUCACCUAUGUGGGACUGACCCUCUCCCUGCUGUGCCUCUUCCUCGCCAUCAUCACCUUCCUCCUGUGCCGCUCCAUCCGCAACGUCAGCACCUCCCUCCACCUGCAGCUCUGCCUCUGCCUCUUCCUGGCCGACCUGCUCUUCCUCACCGCAGUGGACAGCGUCACCAAUAAGGUGGCGUGUGCUGUCAUUGCUGGCCUCCUACACUUCCUCUUCCUGGCCUGUUUCACCUGGAUGUUCCUAGAAGGGCUGCACCUCUUCCUCACCGUCAGGAACCUGAAGGUUGUGAAUUACACCAGCGCCGGCCGGUUCAAGAAGAGAUUCAUGUACCCGUUCGGCUACGGAUUCCCAGCCCUGGUGGUGGCUAUUUCUGCAGCGGUGAAUCACAAAGGCUAUGGAACUUCCACACACUGCUGGCUCACAAUAGAGGGAGGCUUUGUCUGGAGUUUCCUUGGACCGGUCUGCCUUAUUAUUGUGAUGAAUUUAGCAUUUUUUAUCACAACCCUCUGGCUCCUGAGAGACAAAAUCUCCUCCCUCAAUACAGAUGUCUCCACCCUCAAAAACACAAGGUUACUGACAUUUAAAGCCAUCGCCCAGCUCUUCAUUCUGGGCUGCACAUGGAGCCUUGGUCUCCUCCAAGUCGGCCCAGCAGCCACGGUCAUGGCGUAUUUAUUCACCAUCGUCAACAGCCUGCAGGGAGCCUUCAUCUUCCUGGUGCACUGUCUCCUCAAUCAGCAGGUGAGAGAGGAGUACAAGAGAUGGAUCAGAAGGAUUGAAAAAAACAGAACCAAGUCUCAGAGUUCCGGGCUAUCUAUGUCAGCUAUCCCCAUGACCUCUGGAACUGCAUGGGAAAAGUCCUCCUGA